UCAACCAAACGCAGCCAGGGGGUGGAGGAGAGCGACGUUUCCUGACACCUCCGGUUCCCGACUGCGGCGGGAGGCCGGGCGCCGCGGCUCUGCUUCCUUCUGGUUUGGGAACAUGGCCAGAAGGACUUUCAAGCUCGCUUCCUGGACCAGCAUGGCUCUUGCUGCCUCUGGCUUCUACCUCUACAGUAACAAGUACUUGGACCCUAAUGACUUUGGUGCCGUCAGGGUGGGCAGAGCAGUUGCUACGACAGCUGUCAUCAGUUAUGACUAUCUCACUUCCUUGAGGAGUGUCCCCUAUGGCUCGGAGGAGUAUGCACAGCUUCGCUCUGAGGUGCACCUCCGUUCUGCCCGGCGUCUCUGUGAGCUCUGCUGUGCCAACCGGGGCACCUUCAUCAAGGUGGGCCAGCACCUGGCAGCCUUGGACUACCUGCUGCCUCAGGAGUACACCAGCACACUGAAGGUGCUGCACAGCCAGGCCCCGAAGAGCAGCAUGCAAGAGGUCAGCCAGGUCAUCCGCGAGGACCUGGGCAAGGAGAUCCAUGAUUUGUUUGUGAGCUUUGAUGACACCCCUAUGGGGGCUGCCUCCCUGGCCCAGGUCCAUAAGGCAGUGCUUCAUGACGGGCGGACGGUGGCUGUGAAGGUCCAGCACCCUAAGGUACAGGUGCAGAGCUCGAAGGACAUUCUCCUGAUGGAGGUGCUCGUCCUGGCUGUCAAACAGCUGUUUCCAGAGUUUGAAUUCAUGUGGCUGGUGGAUGAAGCCAAGAAGAACCUGCCUUUGGAGCUGGAUUUCCUCAAUGAAGGGAGGAACGCGGAGAAAGUGGCCCGAAUGCUCAAGCACUUUGACUUCUUAAAGGUCCCCCAAAUCUACUGGGAGCUGUCCACCAAGCGGGUCCUUCUGAUGGAGUUUUUAGAUGGUGUGCAGGUCAACGACAAAGACUACAUGGAGAGGAACAAGAUUGAUGUCAACGAGAUCUCACGCCACUUGGGCAAGAUAUACAGUGAAAUGAUCUUUGUCAAUGGCUUCGUGCACUGCGACCCCCACCCGGGCAACGUGCUGGUGCGCAAGGGCCCGGACACGGGAAAGGUGGAGAUUGUCCUGUUGGAUCAUGGGCUCUACCAGGUGCUCACGGAAGAGUUCCGCCUGGACUACUGCCACCUCUGGCAGUCGCUGAUCUGGACUGACAUGGAGAAGGUGAAGAAGUAUUGCCUCCGUCUGGGAGCUGGCGACUUCUACCCCUUGCUUGCUUGCAUGCUGACAGCUCGCUCGUGGAACUCCGUCAACAGGGGCAUCAGCCAAGCUCCAAUCACCGCCUCUGAGAACACCGAGAUUCGCAACAAUGCAGCCACCUACCUCCCCCAGAUCAGCCAGCUCCUCAACCGUGUGCCACGCCAGAUGCUGCUCAUCUUCAAGACCAAUGACCUACUGCGAGGCAUCGAGGCCACCCUGGGCACCCGUGCCAGUGCCAGCUCCUUCCUCAACAUGUCACGCUGCUGUGUCAGAGCACUGGCCACGCACAACAAGAAGAACACCUGUUCAUUCUUCAGAAGGACCCAGAUCUCCUUCAGUGAGACCAUCAGCCUGUGGCAGAUCAGCCUCCAUGAACUCAUUCUGCGUGUGAAGGGGCUGAGGCUGGCCAGCUGGGUCUUGGCCCUGCUUUGCUGGCUGUUGCCUGCUCCAUACUGAGUGGACUUUCUAUCCCCUUCCCUUUUCCAGUGUGACUCUAUGGCGGGCACAGGGUCUUUCCACUCAGCCGUUACUUUACCAGUUGCCCUGUUUCUGCCACACGGUGGUCUGGAGUCCUGAGGUCAUUGUGGCACCACCUUACUCCACCUCUGGGAUUCCUGUCCCACCACAGCCCUGUCUGAACCACAAGCUGACCAUGCAGUAGUUUCUCUCCUUAUCCAGGGAGAUGGCACACAGUCUGCUUUCUGAGUCCUGGAGUGUGCUGUUGGGUGGGAUGUCUCUCCACUUCCAUUAGUUCUUCCUGUGUCAGGGUGGCCCAUGAAUCCCACAGAGGGCACAUUAACUUGUAGGAAGUUUGAUUUUGCUGGAGGGGAGCAGGGUCUCUGAACUUGCUUGAGACAGGUUCCCUCUCCUUGGCCUCACACUCCCCACAGGUGUCGCCCCUUAGCGUGUGGCUUGGCCUCCAGGGCAGGCUGUGCCACAACCAUGGGUUCACUGCUGUACUGGGGACCUCCUUGGGUAAAGAAACCCCUCAGGUCUUGCUCGGUGGGAUUUUUAGUCUAGGUGGGAGUGAAUCCACUUUGGCCAUUAGGCAGGGGCGGACCUAGACACCAUGUGCCAUUGUGUUCUGCCUGGCUUCUUGCCUCUGCAUUGCCAGUUUGCCACUGUGGGGCCACUUCCUGCUUCUUGUACGUUUCUCUCAUCCUCCAAGACUUAGACCUCAUUGGAGCUGAUAAGAAGCCCAAGGCCAGGAAUUCAGAGGCUCAGCUGCAACCCCUGGGUUCUCACUGGGCACCUGCCUUGUUCUAAUAAUUGCUUCCUGACUUAGCCCCUUGGUUCAUCGUGUGAUGCCCCCAGUCCUGGAGACUGUAAUCUGAACCUCACUUACUGGGGCUAGGGUUCCACUCUGAAACCCGCUUGUCACCUGUCUGGACCCUGUGCUUUACCUUAUUGCCUGUGGCCAGUCUGCCCCUCUCCCAGAAUGAACAUCUCCUGUUUCCAGGACACCUGCUUUAACUGCUGUCCCCGUGUGUUCUCCAGGUGCUGUUGGGUCGGAUGUCUCCCCACUUUCGUUAAUUCCUCCUGUGUCAGGGUGGACCGUGAGUCCCACCCACACUGGCACAUUUAACUUGCAGGAAGUUUGAAUUUGCUGGAGGGGAGCAUGGUCGCUGAGCUGGCUGGAGACAGGUUCCCUCUCUUUGCCCUGUCACUGUCCACAGGGGUCACACCCAGAUUCAUUAGGCCCUAGCUCUUACUGAGCACCCUUGCUCAAGGACAGGAACUGUAUUUAAUUCACCCCAUCCAAGGGGCAGAAAACCCCCAAAUUCGGGUCUUAUUUUCUGUUUGCAUUAUGCAUAAUACAACAAGCAGAUUUCCCACUGACCACAGAUGAGUCGCAAUCACUUUAUUUCCUGAAAGAAUUAAUUGUUCUUCGUGACUAGUUGGAUGUGCCCAGGGGCCUGAGAGAAUAAUUUGCAAAAUCUGUUACUCAUCAUGAGGAUACAUACUGGAUAUUAUAUUUUAUGGUGUCUUUUAUAGCCACUGAAGUAAAUAUGUUUUUUUUAUUCAA